CUGUUGAGUAUCUCAGGUUUUUCGAAAUGGCUUUUCUAAAACUGACACUAUUGAAGAAAAACAAGUCUAUAAAUGUUCCCAUUAUGGUUUUAGACAAAUUCUUUUGUCGUUUCUCGAUAAGCACCGGAGUGCUUGUGAUAGGAACUUCCUACGUGAUAAUUGAUUUACUCCGGCUGUUUUAUCACCUGAUAAUCUUCUUUUUUCCAGGACCACUUUUAAGGCAGUGGUAUUCUGCUGGCAAUCAAAAGGGGGAUACUGUUCAUGGUCUAAUCACCGAUACUAUGAUGAAAAAUCGCAUACAGGCGAUGUCGGUUCUUGUUCUAGACCUAUUGACAGAUAUUGGACUGCUAAUGAGCGUGAAUUCCGGUCUAAUUUCAGUAACGAUUUGGUUGGUGAAAUCGAUUUUUAUGGCGGUUGUCUACUUGGUCGUUAUUCUUGCCCUAGUCUUUGCCUAUGAUCGCACAUGGUUGGCAUUGACUUUUAUGGCAAUAUUAGCCAUAGAAUUGUAUUUCUUGGUGAUUGUGGCCAUGCAUUUUGUGCAACUGCGUCGAUCAAGCGACUUAAACGAUGAAAACCCCAAUGAAACGGCCGUCUAAAUUCUAAAAGAUUUGAUGAGCUAUUAAAGAAUCGCUCACAAAAUCAA